AUGAUCGAAAUGCGUGACGAUACCAACAUGGAGGCGAGUUCGAGCGCCAGACGACCACCAGCACUCCCACCCAGGCAGAGCUCCAGCGGCGCACCCUUAUCACCGUACACAGAACCGCCGCCCUCCUACGACACCAUCGCAGCCUCCGACGCCAUGUCCAAAGGCCCAUGGUCAACACAAGACCAACGCACCUCCUCCACCCAAUCCCUCGUACCCUCCGAGUCCAACGAGCAGAAAGAACGCCGCCGACUCCUUCUCAUCUACAUCCACGGCUUCAUGGGCAACGAGACCAGCUUCCGCAGCUUCCCCGCCCACGUGCACCACCUCCUCACCGUCCUGCUUGCCGAGACGCACGUCGUGCACACGAAAAUCUACCCGCGAUAUCGCUCCAAGCGGAAUAUCACCUUUGCCAGGGAUGAUUUUAGCAAAUGGCUGGAGCCGCAUGAGAGUCCGACGACGGAUGUGGUGUUGCUGGGACACAGUAUGGGGGGUUUGUUGAGCGCGGAGAUCGCGCUGAUGCCUGCGCCGCCGCCGGCGAAUCGGCCGUUCAAGCAUCGCAUACUGGGGACUAUCAACUUCGAUGUGCCGUUCUUGGGUAUGCAUCCGGGGGUGGUGAAGAGUGGGUUGGCGAGCAUGUUCAUAUCUGGGGAGGCGCCGGGGGACAAGUGGACGCCAGAGAUGGGUGCACUUCAGAACGAUGGAGCGAGUACGGCGAGCGGUGCCAUGUCGCCGAUAUCACCCAUGUCUACGAGGACGGAUACCUUGUGGCAGCCGGCCCAGUCUGACCAUAACUACAACCCCUCCUUCGAUAACGACGUUGUGCUACCGAUGCGAAAGGGCUGGCAAAACGCGCUACACUUCGUCAACAAGCACUCGGGGCAUGUACUCAAAGCGACGAAGCAGCUGGUCACGUCGCAUAUGGAGUUUGGCGGGGCUAUGGCCAACUACCCCGAGCUGAAGGCGCGGUAUGGCAGGAUCAGAGCGUUGGAGGCGGAAGAUGGGAAUGUGAGAAAGUCGAUUGCGAAGAGUACGCAGACUCCCGCGAGAGUAAGAUUUGUGAAUUACUAUACUGCGAGUACGGGACGGCCAAAGAAGCCUAAGACGCCGGAGCGGAAAAGUUCGCCAGGGUCGAAUGCAAGUCGGACGAGCUUGACGCCUUCGAUGGCUGUGGAGGGGAGAGGAAGGCAGGAUGGGGCGGGCGUACCUUCUUCGAGGUCGCCGAGUCCAAGGAUCUCGCUGGAAGAGCACUCAGAUGACGGGGUGGUGAAGAAGGUCCCUGAGAUACCUGGGUCAGAAGAUGAGUCGUGGCAGGAGGCGGCGGAGUCGCUUACCAUCGAUAAUGGGAAGAAUGCGGAGUAUCACGAUGCUCCAGACCCGCCAGCCCUUUCACCGUCGUCGACAAUAUCUACCACCGCAUCUUGGCCCACCAUACCGCCGCAGCCAACUGCUCCACCUCCGCUCAAUGUCUCCUACAUCCAAGACCCAGCCACGCGCAAGCUGGUUGAGAAAGAGCAUACACGAGCCGUAAAGGCAUACGAGAAAGCUGUUAAAGACCGCGAGAGAGCGAUCCGAGACCGUGCCAAGCUUGAAGAGAAGCGCGGUCGCAAGGAGCGGAAAGACUCUGAAAGGUCCAUCAAGAAUUCGCAGAAAGCAGAACAAAAGGCACUCGCCGCGGCACUGAAAGUGGAGCAGCAACAGCAAAAGAAGAAACCCACGACACAAAAACAAGGCGAGGAAUUACGCCUUGAGCAAGAACGGCAACGAAUGGAAGCCGAAGGCCGGCGCCUACGAGGCGAGCCUGACCCACCACCCGAGCAGGACUCGCAAGAAGCAGUAGACGACCCACCCAUGAUGCCCAUCCACGACCACGAAAUCAUACACGAAAACGACGCACCGCAAAUGCAACGUCUCCCAAGCACCUCGCCCGUCCGCUCUCCCUCCCCAUCCCCUUCCCCCCACCAAUCCCCCGAUCCAGUAACUCGCUCCACAACCAACACAACCACCACCGCCGCCGCCGCAGCCGACACCGGCAGCGCACAAAAGUCCGACCGCAAAUUCUGCACCCUCCCCCCGAAAGACGCCUCCGGCGAGCGGGACCCGCUCUGGGUGCGCAUUUUCAUGGAGAACGUGGAUGAAGUGGGCGCGCAUUGCGGGUUGUUUUUCGUGGAUGAGCGGUAUGAGCGGUUAGUGGGGGAGGUGGCGGAUCGGGUUGAGGGGUGGGUGAGGGAGGAGUCUGCGCUGGUGGAGAGGCAUGGGGAGGAGGACUGGCAGCUAGACUGA